AUGGUGUACCUCAAUUUCACUUACAGGGCUGAAUCCGCAGUUUCAACCUCCAAUUCUCUCACACCAUCACCUUCUUUUUCUUCUUCUUCCACUACCACCACUUCAAAGAAACAGAACAACAAAGAAAAAGAAAAACCCAUCAAGAUCCAACACUUCCAUUACAGUGACCUUGAAGCUGCCACCAAUGGCUUCUCAGAGCGCGAACUCCUCGGCAAAGGAAGCCAUGGUUAUGUCUAUAAAGCUGUAAUGAUUUCUUCUUCUUCCUUUGCAUCUGCACCAGAGUUCAUCAUCAGCAACAAUGAGGUUGAUAACGAGAUUGAUAUCUUGUCUAAAAUCCAAAGCAAUAACAGCAAGCUUCCAAAUUGGGGAAGAAGGAUUCGUUUGGCAUUGCAAACUGCAAAGGAAAUUGAUACCCUUCAUUCAUCAACACGACUUGUGAUCCACAGAGAUAUUAAAUCAACAAAUGUUCUGAUUGAUAGAAAUUUCAAUGCAAGGUUAGGUGAUCAAUAA